CCCUGGGAGUCCUUGCCGCAGGCAUUCCAGCCCUCAGUCCACUAGCCGCUCUGCCUUCCCCAAAUUCUCUUCCAUCUGGAACUCACUGCGGGUCUCAGGGGCAUCUCCCCUGUGUCCCCCAACUUUUUUAAGGCUUCGUCUCCCGGGGAACCAGGGAGCCCCCCAUGUCUCUGUCCUCCCCUCGCUGCCCGCUUCAUCCUGACCAUUUCUUUGUUCCCUCAUCUGUCCCCCCAUCUUCCCGUGUGUCCUGGCCCCCUCCCCCUUCUGUGUCUCUCUGCCACCGGCUCCUCUCCAGCCUGCUUGGGCUGUGGCCCAGCCGCCCUGCCUGGCCGUCCUCCCUGGCUCCCCCUCUGCGGCUCUGAGCUGGCCCCACCCCCUGCCCCCCCUCAGGCCAGGCCUCUGAUCCUCCUGUGGACACAGAGGUCGGACGCCCGGCACAGGGCCCCUGGGGCCGAGGACCGACCGCAGCCCCUCAGUACUCACAGAGGCCUCCCCUCGGCCAAGCAGAGGAGCCCCCGGUGGAGGACAUGGGGGUGGGCCGCCCCACCAGGUUCGGGGCGCCCGCCCCCCACUAGGCCAAGUGGAGGGGGUGCCCCCACCCAAUGGGCCUGGCCAGGGCCCUGCGCCGCCUUAGCGGCGCCCUGGAGUCGGGAGAGAGCCGGGCGGGCGAUGAGGAGGAGGCCGGGCCGGGGCUGUGCCACAACGGGUGGGCGCCGUCGGCGGUGCGGCGGCGGCGCGGGCGCUUCGUCAAGAAGGACGGGCACUGCAACGUGCGCUUCGUGAACCUGGGCGGCCAGGGCGCGCGCUAUCUCAGCGACCUGUUCACCACGUGCGUGGACGUGCGCUGGCGCUGGAUGUGCCUGCUCUUCUCCUGCUCCUUCCUCGCCUCCUGGCUGCUCUUCGGCCUGGCCUUCUGGCUCAUCGCCUCGCUGCACGGCGACCUGGCCGCGCCGCCGCCGCCCGCGCCCUGCUUCUCGCAGGUGGCCAGCUUCCUGGCCGCCUUCCUCUUCGCGCUGGAGACGCAGACGUCCAUCGGCUACGGCGUGCGCAGCGUCACCGAGGAGUGCCCGGCCGCCGUGGCCGCCGUGGUGCUGCAGUGCAUCGCCGGCUGCGUGCUCGACGCCUUCGUCGUGGGCGCCGUCAUGGCCAAGAUGGCCAAGCCCAAGAAGCGCAACGAGACGCUCGUCUUCAGCGAGAACGCCGUCGUGGCGCUGCGCGACCGCCGCCUCUGCCUCAUGUGGCGCGUGGGCAACCUGCGCCGCAGCCACCUCGUCGAGGCCCACGUGCGGGCCCAGCUGCUGCAGCCUCGAGUGACCCCGGAGGGUGAGUACAUACCGCUGGACCAUCAGGAUGUGGACGUGGGCUUUGAUGGUGGCACCGAUCGCAUCUUCCUCGUGUCUCCCAUCACCAUCGUGCACGAGAUCGACUCUGCCAGUCCUCUGUAUGAACUAGGACGUGCCGAGCUGGCCCGGGCCGACUUCGAGCUGGUGGUCAUUCUCGAGGGCAUGGUUGAGGCCACGGCGAUGACCACACAGUGUCGCUCUUCCUACCUCCCUGGUGAGCUGCUCUGGGGCCAUCGUUUUGAGCCAGUCCUCUUCCAGCGUGGCUCCCAGUACGAGGUCGACUAUCGCCACUUCCAUCGCACUUAUGAGGUCCCAGGGACACCCGUCUGCAGCGCCAAGGAGCUAGACGAACGGGCAGAGCAGGCUUCCCACAGCCCCAAGUCUAGCUUCCCUGGCUCCCUGGCUGCAUUUUGUUAUGAGAAUGAACUUGCUCUGAGCUGCUGCCAGGAGGAAGAUGAGGAAGAGGAAGCCAAGGAGGGGGACGAGGGGGAGGCAGAAGAUGAAGCUGCCAGCCCCCGAGUACUCACACCAACCCUGGCACUGACCCUGCCCCCAUGAAAUCAGCUGGUGUCUCCCUAUUUGUACCCCCUUCCCAGAGGUAGCAAGAUGGAGAGAUCAGGCCCUCUCCUGGGAUGGCGGCAGGUGUUUCCCAAGACCAGACAGGCCUGCUGGGUAAAUCAUUAGCUGGUGAAGUUCUGCUAUGCUUAGUGGACCCACCACGGACGUACUGGACCUUAAUUCCACUGCGUUCCAUGCUCCCUCCUGAGACCCCUUUGUCAGCCCGAUUCCUGAGUCUCACCAGAGCUGAGGGAUCCAGAAUUCUGGACCACCCAAGAGGCAAGAACUGGACGUUCUAGAUUCCUCUAUGUGGCUGGCUUAGGUUAUUGAGCAGGUCGGGAAUCAGUGGUAUAGACGGCCUCUGGGGCGGGAGGUCGACAGUUCUUGAGCAGCAAUAGAGAUCAAGAGUCUGUAGGUCUGGAUUGACCAGAGAUUCAAGGGACUGUUGCUUCUAGACUCAGCCAACCAAGUAGCAAAUGAUUUUUUCUACACCACCUAAGGAGGGAAGGUUACGCCCUGCUUGGGUGGCCCUCCUUAAGAAUGUCUGAAGAAUUCAAGACUAUCUUGAUUGACCAAUGUCAAGGAAUGUUGACUGCAAGUCAAGAAAGGACCUUGUGGUUCCAGAAAGCCCAAGAGUUGAGAUUCUGUGAAUCUAGAUUGAAUGCAGAGGCAAGGACUGGUCAUUCUAGAACAGCUUUGAUCUAGAGAGUUGACAUACUCCAGAAACUAGAGUUAUGUUUCUAGAAUGCACAAAACAAUGGUGAGUCUGUGGGUCUAGAAGGACUGAAGUGAGAGAUGAGGAGUUCUUGAUGCCGGGUAACUCCGGACCACUGGCUGUAGGACAUCGGAGCAGCGGGAUAAUCAAUGCUUCUAAAUGAUCCGCAGGGGUUUUUUUUAAGUGCCAUUCUAGAAUGUCCAAAGGAAUCAGGAUUCUGUGGCUCUAGAUUGAUCACAGAGUCAAGAAAGGUGUGAUGAUCCUAGAUAUGUCUGAGAUUUGCUGGUUCCAGUUUGCCCAAAGGACUUGAGAAUCUCGAUGAUUCUAGAUGACUUCUUUGUGGUUCUGUAAUGCCAAAGAAUCAAGGCUCCAGGGGUCCAGAGUUGUCCAUUAUCAAAGCCUGGAAGUUCUAAUCAGCUCCUAGAACUUGGCAGUUCUGAGGUAGACUCAGGACUUGAGAGACAGCAUUUCUGGGCUGACCUAGAAGGUGUGGGUAACAGGGCUACUUAUUGGGCAAGGAAAGGGAGAGGCCCAAGGCUGGUGAGUCUGCAGUGCUCUGGAAUCCUGCACCUAGCGAUGUGUGUUUAUUUCUUAAAGGUGUUAUACCUACAUGUAUUGUAUAUAUAUAUAUAUAAUAUAAAUACAGAUAUCUAUCUAUUUUUUCCCGUGGUUCCUACAGAGGGGUUAGAAAUUGAGCUUGAGCUAAUUGGAACGGGGUUCUUUACAAGGAUCCAGGAAGCUUUGCUCUAAAUCCCAACUCUGCCCCAACUUUACUGUGUGACUUUGGGCAAAUCACUCCCCUCUCCUCGCCUCAGUUUCCCCAUCUGUAAAAAUGGGACAUUGGAACUCAAAGAUCUCCAAGGGCCUUUCCACCAGGAUGAUUCUGCCCUUCACUGAGGGUGAGGUGGGGGUGAGGGUCCUGGGAUUUCCUACAUCUCCCUGGUGCUGGAAACCCUAGCCUUCCAUGGGCAACUGGAAUGGGAGGUGCUCUUGGAGGCCAGCUCUGAACCUGGGUGUCUGAAUCACAGGGCAGGCAAGGGGUAGUAUGGGCUGUGGCUGGGGGCAAGAAGCACUGCCUCCCUGGUCCAGCUUGGGGGCCAGGGGAAUGGAGGCGGUAGCUCUGAGUGCCAGGGGAGUGUGUUUAGGGGUUAAAUCACUGGGAGCCCUGGUGGUGUGUCUGUGAGUGUUUCUGGAGCACCAGUCCUCAGGCCUGGCCCCUGCCAUGCUGCCAUCUACCUAAGUGCCCAGGAGGCUGGGAGCCAGCCGCAGAAGGAGCCACUGCCAGGAGGAGGGCAUUGUCCCAUCCCCAUGUCCCAAGACUAAGGGCAGGCACUGUCAUUGCCCAUCAGCCUAAGUGCUGCGUCACGCUAGGUCCCCCCUUCUGGCUUCCCCAUCCCCCUUUAUCCUUCAGAAUCCCCACGUAAUCACCGGAUGGGAUUAAUUAGCUGCCGCUCUCCCAGCUCAGGGUGUCUAGGGUAGGGACUAGAGGCAAUGGAACCACAGGAGUGGAGGAGGAUGUUAAGUUGGGGGUGAAAGGACAGGAAAAGGAGUCUGUUUGGAAGGAUGGGGAGUGGGGGCGGGGCGGGCACAGCCUGGGCUUCCACCGGGGAGGGCAGCGCCUGGGCCACUCAUAAAGGUCAGUGAGGGGAUUAGAAGGCUCCGUGGCUAAUCUGUCAGCUUAACCAGGUCCCAGCCCCGAAUCCGUCCCCACCUGCGAGCCCAGGGACGGCGAAUGAGGACGAGGCCCAGGCACCACCUCAGACCCAAUUAGGGACCCGCCCGUGACAGGGGAGCUCAGGGUCUCCAUCCCGGCCGGCCGGGCCUCUGCAGCCGCUUUGCCUGCAAGGAAUGGGAAUGAGAGGCUGGAGAGGGGGACGGCCUGAGAUGCAGGAGGACUCCGAGAGGAGGGAGGACUUUAUGAUGAGCCAAGAGUAUAAGAGGAGGGGGAGUAAGGGGGGGCGAGUCGGAGCGGAGGGAAAGAACUCUGAGAAGGGGGAAGGAAUCAGAGGUGGGAGGGUGCUGAGGAAAAGGCGGUUUGUCUUAGGGGGAUGCUAGGGUAAGGGGAGGAGUUUUAGGGAGAGAGGGAGGAGCCUGAGAGGCAGACGGCGCCAGGAAGGCGGAGCCUGUGCUUUCUCUAUAUUCGGCUUUCCCCUAUUGUCCCGUUCUCCAUGACAGAUGCCAAAGAGCGUAGCAUUUGGGAGAAAGAAUAAAUCUUUUGUUCCACCACGCUUUGACUCUGAAGAGGCUAAGGUGGAUGGGGUCAGAGGACGGGGUAGGAAAAGGGUCUGAGUAUCGCAGAGGCCAGUGCCGGGAGGAAGGAGGCCAGAAGAAAGGUGAGCCAAAGCUGCUCCUGGUUGCCUGGCAACCGCUGCCGUCAAACGCCAGCUGGGCCUGCUAGGAGGUGUGGCUCACCGAAACAACCGGCAGUCGUGGUCCCGCCCCCUGGCAACAAGAUUAACAAAGUACCGCCCCCCAGCAACGCCUUGCUAGGGGCGGGGCUCUAUUGAAUUAGUAUCCUAGAGCCCAGAGCCCUUGCGCAGGCGCAGUCCUCUCUGCGCCGCAUAAGCCCCCCCAUGCAAUUCCCUUCUGAGGCUUCUCAUUGGCGGGCCAGCCAGCCAAGUGCCUUCUUUUGUUUCGGAGGCGGGGCCAGGCGCCCUUCCCGCGCUCCAAUUGGCCCCCCAGACCGUCUACCUCCGGCCGGACAUGGCUACGUAUGCUCCUUGUGCGCCUAUUGGCCCUGGAGGACUAUCCUUCGGCGUCGGGGGCGGAGCAGACGAGAGGGCACGUCGUGGAUUGGACGGUGUCAAAACGAGGGGCGGUCCCUACUGGCGGGGCGGUUGGGAGGCGAAGGGAGAGUCUUUUCAGCGCUGAGGACUGGCGCUGAGGAGGCGGCGGUGGCUCCCGGGGCGUUUGAGCGGGCUCACCCGAGCCCGCGGGCCAGCGCGGAUCCAGGCCCGACCGGCGGGACCGCCCCGGACUCCCCGCGGGCCUUCCUAGCCGCCAUGGAGGACGGUGUCUAUGAGCCCCCAGACCUGACGCCGGAGGAGCGGAUGGAGCUGGAGAACAUCCGGCGGCGGAAGCAGGAGCUGCUGGUGGAGAUCCAGCGCCUGCGGGAGGAGCUCAGCGAAGCCAUGAGCGAGGUGGAGGGUCUGGAGGCCAAUGAGGGCAGUAAGACCUUGCAACGGAACCGGAAGAUGGCAAUGGGCAGGAAGAAGUUCAACAUGGACCCCAAAAAGGGGAUCCAGUUCUUGGUGGAGAACGAACUUCUGCAGAACACCCCCGAGGAGAUCGCCCGCUUCCUGUACAAGGGCGAGGGCCUGAACAAGACGGCCAUCGGGGACUACCUCGGGGAGAGGGAAGAGCUGAACCUGGCAGUGCUCCACGCCUUUGUGGAUCUG